AUGGUAAUUUUUAGCAGGUCUUCUGCUUCUCCUCCUCCUCGUUCCGAGAGAGAGGUGGAUUUAUCUGUGCAGGAUCCAGGUCCAUCUCCAUCUCCAGAUCCUCCAAAGGUUCCUCUGGCAGGAGUAAGUAAAAGCGGAGUUCAUACAGUUGUCCGUCAAUCAGAUUUUCACACAAGUGCAUUUGCUGAGUUUGAUGAUAACUCAUCAAGUUAUCCACAUCAUAGGUUGGGUUAA